AUGUCUGGCAAAGCCGUACCCACCAACAAAACGAUGCCGACGGAUUACAGCUUUUUAGCGGCAGCGCCUGCUGAUUGCUACAAGGUGGUGACAUACAACGUCAACUCGCUCUCAGCAGCGAGCAAAAAGGGGUUCAAGGAAUAUCUCGCGGCCGAGGAUCCGGACAUGAUCUGUCUGCAGGAGACAAAGGCAAACCAGCCGCUAGCGUUUCUGGUGAGCAAGAAGGUGUUUCCAUACCAGUACUGGAACUGCAGCAAAACUAAGAAGGGGUACUCGGGGACGGCGGUGUUCUCCAAGAUCAAGCCGGCGCACGUCAAGUACGGGCUGGGCGAUGGUGAUUUCGACACUGAGGGGCGCACGAUUACGCUGCAAUUUGGGUCGUUCCACCUGGUGGCCUGCUAUGUGCCCAAUGCCGGCGAGAAGCUGGUUCGGCUGGACCGGCGGCUCAAAUGGGAUGCUGCCAUGAGAGAGUAUCUGGCAGUGCUCGAGGCAACUAAGCCGGUUGUCUAUGCCGGCGACCUAAAUGUUGCGCACCACCCGAUUGACUUGGCGCGACCCGAUACCAACAAGAGAUCAGCUGGAUUCACAAUCGAGGAGCGCAACAGCUUCUCCGCCAUCCUCCAAGGCAGCGAUGCCCCGCGCGUCGACGCGUUCCGGCACUUGUACCCGGACGCGCGUGCCGAGGGGUACACGUACUUUGGCUACCGCGCCAACGCUCGUGCCAACGCUGUUGGCUGGCGUCUGGACUAUUUUGUUGUCUCGCAGCCGCUGCUGUCCCGCGUCAGCGACGUCAUCGUCCGCAACCAGUGCUACGGCGCGAGUGACCACGUCCCAGUUGUGUUGCUCUUGAAGAGGGCCGCCGGCGACGACGCCGGCGACGCGACAGCCGCUGAAUCCGAAGGACAACCCCUAAUCGAGUAA